AAAUCCGACCGGGUCGGCGGUCGGGUCGGACCGGACGGACCGGUUGGUGUCCGAACAGGAUAAGACGAUCUUCUUGCGACACGGACGGGGGAUCAAAACCCUAGUCCCUCUUUUUUCCUCUUGCAAAUCUUCACGAAACCCUAAUUGGAAGCUCGGUGGCGGGAAUAACAGCACCAUCCGCUCAAUGCUUCCUUUCUGGAGCAUAUAAGAAACCUUCGUGUCUCUUCUCAAAUGACUGUUCCAAAUGUGUGGAGUUUAGAAACACCAAGCGACAUGAAAGAAACUUUCCCAGCUGUCUUCAAUUAUCCAACUUCAAGCACCGGAGAUGCUAAAAUAACAUGUAACUUGUUUCAAAGUGUCUCAUUUAAUUCCCAUCUAUUUGAUAGCCCAGUGCUUGGUGACGGUUUUUCUGCUUCCCACAGAUAUAUACCUAAUGAGCACCAUCGCGUAGUUGCCGGUGUUUCUCUUGGUUCUGCUGGAAACCUUACUUCUUGGUGCGGAGGGAAACCUGAACCAAAAUCUCCUCAACAUGUACCACCAUUAUCAAGAAACAUUACCAUUAAUCAACACUUUGGCAAUCAAAUGCCACCAGAGCAAUAUAAUGAAUGCCACAAUAACCAAUUUUUGCAUGAAAGCACAACUAAAGGGAUGUCUUGCAUGGCUCAGAUGCCUUUCUGCAGCACUGUUAAUAACUUUCACAAUGCUGACGUGCCUCUUUCAAUGGGUCAUGUUCAAGUAAAAGAUGGGGCAGGAGCACCUGAAGCAUUCACAGAUCCCAGUAUCUAUGGUGAUACUAGAUUGAUGUUUGAUUGGAAGUUUUCUUCUUUAAAUGUGUCCAGCAUGCCUGUAUCACCAUUUGUUUCAAGCAUAGAUUCCAAAAUUAUGAAGGGACGGUUUAUAGGCUCUAACUUUGAAUUGACCGACAUGAUCGGUAUGCAACACCCACCACCUGGUUCAGGAAGCCUCCUUCAGUCCUAUUUAAAAUCACAGGUGCAUGAUUCACAUCAGGGGCAUUUGUGUCAAAUCAAGCAAAAAUGUAUGGGCUCACAACCGUCACCGCAAGGGCCUCAUCCACCAUAUGAUCCAUUUGUUCAGCAUCAAUUCUUGCAAAAGGAUCAAUAUCAACAACAGGAAGAAAACAUAGUUGGAAAUCAGGAUUUUGCGUCAUCACAUUCAGAAAGCUUUUUGAAUGGGCCACGUCUAAUGAACAGUCAAAAUUUAUUGGACGUAGUGCCAAUUGAGCCCCUGGCUAUCCAUGACGUCAUUAAGCAUGAGCAACCUCCACCAAUGUUCGAGGGUAUUGCUUCUGAGGUUGACCAUUUAACUACAAUCCCACAAAGGCCAACACGAUUCCAAGCCAUCCACAAUGUCUUAUUCCUAUACGAACAUGUUAGGAACUGUCAGGAUGAUGGGAAAGGUUGCAUCUUGUUGCAGUGCAUGAACUUGAAAAGGAAUCUUCAUCACAUUUUACAUUGUAAAGAUGCUAACUGCACAAAGAAUUGCUUUAAAUACAAGAGGCUGUUUGAUCAUUAUACAGAGUGCUGUAAAAGUUUAUGUAGUAUUUGUGGUCCUGUAAGAAUGAGACUCAAAGAAGUUUCUCAGAGGAAUUUUAGUAAUGCCUUCACUGAACCAGAGACUACUUUGCCUGCUCUUCCAAGGCCAGACCAUAAGGAAUCCCCCUUUAAACGUGCGAAAACUAUGCAUCAUUUUGAUCAAAAUGGAACUCAUCAUGUAUCUCUACCAGUCAUGAAUUGCAGUCUUCUAACUGACACAGGAGUGUCCCAACUAGGUCAAGAGGUGAGCAUACCUGUAGAUAUGAAAACUGACAGUCCAGAACCAGUGGAAAAGCAAUCUGUGGAUUCCAAUUUUAGAGUUUCUGGAGAAAUCUAUGACACAAAAAUUGAGGAUACAGAAGUCAAGAUCCAAGAAGGUUUUGGUGUUGAGCCUGCUGAGUUAGCACAGGUGGUUACACAUUCUGAACAAGAAAACCUUGUUCAGCUUGAGUUUCUCGAGGCUGAUAUCAGUGGUCAGUGUGACAUCACUCUAGCAGCAGCCUCUAAAGUGUCUGAAACAAAGAUGGACAACCCAAAAAGAGUUGUUUCUCUGCUUGAUACAUUUACUGUAGAAAUGCUUAGGGAACAUAUCAGAAGUCUUGAGCAACACAUUAGCAAGGGUAAAGCAAACACCAGCGAGUCCCAAGGUAUGGAGCACUUGGUAGAUCAGAACUUUUGCAGUUUGUGUGGGAUGGAGAAACUUAUUUUUGAAGCACCACCAAGGUAUUGUUCAUCAUGCUACAAGCAAAUCAAUCCGAAAGGAGUUUAUUAUACCAUGAGAAGUUUCAAAAGCACAAAGUACGGGUGUGGUGCAAAGAUUUCUCUCUGUGGUAAGUGCCAUGGUGCUUCUGGUGAGAGUAUCAAGGUUGGUGGGGAAGAUAUUCGAAAGUCUGAUUUGGAGAGGAGGUUAAAUUAUGCUGAAACUGAUGCUGAAACUGAAUGGUGGGUCCAAUGUGAUAAGUGCAAAGCUUGGCAGCAUCAGAUUUGUGCUCUUUUCAAUGGGAAGAGGAAGGAAGCAUUGCAAGCUGAAUACAUUUGCCCAAAGUGCUACUUGGAGGAACUAGAAAGGGGAAAACGUGAACCACUACCACAGAGUUCUAUUCUUGGAGCAAGCGACUUACCAAAAACAAUCUUGAGUGACCACAUAGAGCAAUGGAUAUUCCAGCGUCUUAAACAAGAGAGAGAAGAAAGAGCAAGGAUAUUGAAAAGGAGUGUUGAUGAGGUGCCUGGAGCUGAAGGUCUUAUAAUUAGGGUGGUUUCAUCAGUUGACAAGAAAUUGGAAGUAAACCCAAAUUUUCGUGAGGUUUUUAAAGAAGAAAUGUACCCUUCACAUUUUCCUUACAAAUCUAAGGUCAUUCUGUUAUUUCAGAAGAUUGAAGGUGCAGAUGUUUGCCUCUUUGGCAUGUAUGUCCAAGAAUAUGGUUUGGACUGUGCUUUCCCAAAUCAAAGAUACGUCUGUAUUUCAUAUAUAGAUUCUGUUAAAUAUUUCAGGCCUGAAAUAAAGGCUGCUACAGGGGAGGCUUUACGGACUUUUGUUUAUCAUGAAAUUUUGAUAGGGUACCUUAACUACUGCAAGAAAUGUGGUUUCACUAGCUGUUAUAUAUGGGCUUGCCCAUCUCUGAGGCAAGACUAUUAUAUUCUGUAUUGCCACCCAAAGACACAGAAGACACCAAAGUCUGAUAAGCUUCGUGAAUGGUACCAAACAAUGAUACGGAAGGCCAUGAAGGAAAAAGUAAUUCUGGAGCAUACCAAUCUAUAUGAUAAUUUCUUUGUGCACACUAGUGAAUGUAAGACUAAGGUCACUGCAGCUCGUUUGCCAUACUUUGAUAAUGAUUUCUGGCCUGGAAAAGCAGACAUCCUCCUUCAGGAGGAUAAGAAUGAGUCUCAGAGAAAAGGAACGAAGGCUGUAAUCGAACGAGCACUACGGGCUGCCAAACGUGAUGCUUCGGCAGGAAAUCCAAAGGAUAUUCUGCUUAUGCACCAACUUGGAGAAAUCAUCCGCCCAAUCAAGGAAGACUUUAUCAUGAUCCAUUUGCAGCAUACAUGCAAAUAUUGCUAUCUGCCUAUUGUAUCUGGAAAGCAGUGGGUCUGCAACGUUUGCAAAAACUUUCAUCUUUGUGAGUGGUGCUAUGAUAAAGGGCAGAAUCUCGAUAUGAAGGAUAGACACCCUGUUACUUCUAAGGAAAAACAUUCCUUUCGACUAGUUGAGUCAGAUGGUCUUGCAGAUACCGAUGAUAAAGAUAAAAUGAUGCAGAGUAAACUGUUUGACAUGAGAACUGGAUUUCUAGGUUUUUGUCAAAGUGAGCAAUACCAAUUUGACACCCUCCGAAGGGCAAAACAUUCAACAAUGAUGAUCCUUGAUCAUCUUCAUGAUCCGACUGCAAUCACUACUGCAUCCUCAUGUGCCAUUUGCCAUUGUAACAUGGAUAAUGAUCCGAAUUGGCACUGUAUGAUCUGUCAAGAUUAUCAUCUUUGUGCUGAUUGCUAUCAUAAGAAAGGAGCUUCUUACCAUAAGCAUCAGUUGGUAAGCCAUGCCACCAUGGCUGAUCGUACACUGCAGCCAAAAAAACAAAGAAAUGGAAAAAUAAAUAUUCAGAUGAUCCUUGAUGCUUUGCUGCAUGCACCAAAGUGCUGUGCUCCUCGGUGUGCUUAUACAUGCUGUCUGCAAGUCAAAAAACUCUUCCUUCAUAGUAGGAAAUGCAAGGUGCGUGCUCAUGGAGGUUGUAUAUCUUGCAAAAAAAUCUGGCUGCUUCUCCGGUGGCAUGUCCGUGUUUGCCAAGAGUUUGAUUGCCAUGUGCCACGGUGCAAGGAUCUUAAGGAUUUUACAAGGAAAAUGAGACAUUCAAGAUCAAAGGAAUCAAGCAGCAAGGUGAUUUCUGAAUCCAGUAUUUCACCAGAUAAGCAGUUACCAAGUUUUUUUGCAAGUCUAGAGGGCCUAUUAUGAUGUGAUUUAUCUAAUCCAAGAUGGUGGACUAGCAGCUGUAGCUUAAUUUUUUUCCUCAGGUUGAAGAUGGAGGAAAUAAUGAAGAAAAUGGAAUUCCCUGUUUGUAACAGCUUGUAUAUAUGUAGGAUUCAUGGACGGGAGAGCAAGAAAGCAACAUAUUUGCCCUGGAUACGAUCAUGCGAUUUGCCUCGUAUUGAUCACUAAUUUAUCAGGGUGACUGAAGUAGAAAAGUUAUAGAAGCAAAAUGACACCAGUGCAAUAACCUUGGCAUCAGUGUCCAAGUAUCAUGGACAAUCUGUAUAUUAAGUUCUUGUAUUUAAUUGCACAGUAUCAAUUCUUUUGUAUGACUAAAUAAACGAGUAAUUGCAUCAGUAAAAGGUAAAACUUUUCCUGUCUGCUUGGUAA